CUCAGGGGGGUUCCUGUUCGACUUACUUGUUUUCUUUCCCCCGACCGACUUUGACUUUCUCUUUUCCUUUCUUCUUUUUCUUCAUACAACAUUUCAUGCCGCUCGUUACAUUAAAUUCAUUAGACAUUCUUCUAAUCCUGCUUCAAUUGCGUUAUUGACCGGAGCCCGAGUCCGGUAUUCUCUUGCCUUACCAUGGCACCCAGAUACAAAGAUGGGGAUGCCGUCGUGGCGAUCAACGGAAAGUGGAUUUCAUGGACUCACACUGCCGUCGCCUACACGGCGUUUCUCAGUGCUCUAGUGGUGGGGAUGUCCUUGCAUUUCCACAAGAUCGUCCAGAACGAACACUAUGGCUAUCCCGAUGAAUGGUUUCCUUCCGUCUCAGCGACUAUCGGCGACCGAUAUCCUGAACGGUCUUUCUUUCAAGUAUUCAUUGCUAUAACCUCCGGGCCUCGGUUCGCGCUUGUCUUCCUGUGGUACCUCCUCACGGCUCGCCCGAACUCCGCUCUUCCCAAACUGGUUGCUGGUGUCGGAUUGUUUCGGACGUUCACAUGUGGAGGGUGGACAUACGUUACCUCAACCGAUGAUCACGAUUGGCACGAUAUUUUCAUGAUCUCGUACUUGGUAGCAACUCUGCCCUGGACCCUCGGCUGUCUUGCGCUGAGCCCGAACAACCGCCGGGCUGUCAAGUAUCGGAAGAUCUUCGCCGGCUUGUUCUUUGGUACCCUGGUGCCAUUGAUCUACUACUUCAUUCAGCACAAAGUGCACAAGGUUCCCGGAGCUUAUACGAAAUACGCCUUUUUCGAGUGGUCGCUCAUUCUGUUCGACGUGGGAUUUGACGCGAUUACCGCGCUUGACUUUGAAGCGUUCGAGAUUGUUGUCCGGGAUGUCAAGGGGGUCAGCAGAGGGCAGUUGAAGACCACUGCGGACUCGGUCCUGGAAAAAGAGAAGGGCAAGCCGGUCGGCAACACCUUUGGCGAGGGAUUCUUCUGGACUGAGGUCAUCGAUGCGGCUGCAGAAGUCUACAACGGGUUCAUCUUCUGGACCCUUUGCACUGCUCUUCCUGUUCUCGUCUGGUACUUCCCUCUCUGGCACAUGGGCAUCUCGGGAUAUGAGGCUGCCAUCGUCUCGUAUUUGUCCCCCAUUCUUCUCGCGAUCCCGGCUCUGAAAUCUGCGGUGGUUAAGAACCCUCGCCUGUUCCAUCUUCUUUCUUUAUCCGGACUGCUCGCGUACAAGAUUCAGGAUCCUGCCAACAGGCUCUUUUUGACCUCUUUCAGCGUCAUUUGCAGCUGUAUGACAUGGGCGGCCACUCUCUACGCUGAGCGUGGAAAUAAUGCCAGGCUAGAGUCGCGGAUCUUUGCGUGGGGUACCGGUCUGAUCAUGUCAAGCGUUGCCAAAUUCGCCUGCACUACGAACAAUCCGGUCUGGCCCAUCAUGCAUGCCGAGAAUGGCGGAUGGAACAAGAUUGGGCUUCUGCUCGCCAUCUUGGCUGUUUUGCGAUCUUAUAGAAGACCUGCGACUAGUGGAGGUGAUUACCUGCCCUCGAGCGGCAAGAAAGGUUCCUGGUUUCCGGCUGGCUUGGGAAUUGGAGCAUUAGUCUUCGCGAUGCAUUACCUGCUUUCUGACUCCAGUACCAUGAUUGCCUGGGUCUGGGAGGGGUUUCCUGUGAGGGGCCCUAUUGCGGCUCCUCACGGUGCCCUCACCAUUUUCGCUAUGGGCGCCGGCCUUGUCUAUGGUCUUUUCUAUCCUGCCGGGGCUGGGAGUUGGACGGCAUAUGGGCUCGGUUCUCUCGGAGCUGCCUUCCUCACCUGCUACAGCCACUGGACUGGGUUCUAUGGAGCUCUUGUUCUUGCUUUUUAUCUGCUCGCAGUGGCCCCGAUUCUCAUCUCUUCCGCUGUUCGGCACUCACCGGCGGCCACUUUUGGUCUCGGCUUCUUUGUUUAUAUGAUUCUUGUGUUGUUCCAUGUCUGGGUCGUUGCCUACGCCUUCGUCCCUGGUGGCUACCUGGUGAGAGAACACACUGACUGGAUCAUGAUCACCACGAUGUUGUGCAUUGGUGCUGGUGUCUUUUCUGCUGCAGUCUCAAGCUCGCAUAACUCACGGAGCAAGAUCGUCAGCCCCAACGGCAAGAGACAGCGCUCCUACUUCAUAUAUGUCCUUGCGGCACUCCAGCUUCUGUCCAUCUCAAUUGCAUACCUUCGAUUCCCCACAAAUGACUACACUCCCUAUCACAAAGAAGACAAGGUUGCCACUCUUGGCAUCUGGACAGUUCACUUCGGCUUGGACAAUGACAUGUGGGCAUCUGAGAGACGCAUGCGUGAUGUGAUACAGGAACUGGAACUUGACGUGAUCGGCCUGCUCGAAUCCGACAAUCAACGUAUUAUCAUGGGUAACCGUGAUAUUACGCAAUUCCUGGCAGAUGACCUUGGCAUGUACGCCGAUUUUGGACCUGGUCCCAACAAACACACGUGGGGAUCUGCUCUGCUGUCCAAGUUCCCGAUUGUCAACUCUACACACCAUCUUCUCCCCUCCCCUGUUGGUGAACUUGCUCCUGCCAUUCACGCCACGCUCGAUAUGUAUGGGGAAUUGGUCGACGUCGUUGUGUUCCACUCAGGCCAGGAAGAAGAUCCUGAAGAUCGUCGCCUCCAGUCUGAAUAUUUGUCUAACCUGAUGGGCUCAUCUGAUCGCCCUAUGGUUUUGUUAAGUUAUCUGGUUACCAAGCCGCUUGAAGGCAACUACAACACCUAUGUGAGCGAGACCAGUGGCAUGAAGGAUAUUGAUCCGACCGACUGGGACAGAUGGUGCGAGUACAUCCUCUACAAGAAACUGAAGAGAACAGGCUAUGCCCGUAUCAGUCGGGACUCGAUCACCGACACAGAGAUUCAGGUCGGCAAGUUUGUGAUCGGGGAGCCGGAGCCUGAGAAUGAGCUGCGUAUUCCCGAAGAGAUGGUCCCCAAGGGCCGCCAAUUCCCAGACCUGUUCCGUGGGCAAGGUGUGCGUGGCCACCGGUACCACGUGUUUGAUGAACCCAGAUACUGGCAAUAAUGUGUCUGCAUUGAAGCCAGGCAUUGGUGCGACAGGAGCUGCAGAUCAUGCUCUAUUGCUCCUGAGUAUAUUUCCAUAGGACAAGCAUACCGGCAGGGUCUCGCGAAUAGCCGUUGCCGGUUGCUAUGAUUAUGUAUCGCGAACUGAAUUGCAAAUAAUGUACUUUACCCUUCACAAUAUUUUUGC